AUGAAGAUCAUAGUUGCUAUGGAUGAACUGCCUAUAUGUGCAUCUCGGAUGGGAGAAGAAGAGACAAUAAGAAAGAGGAGCUCUGCUCUCUUGAAGAGGAUUUCCCAUCCUGAUAAGACAAGCAAGAUCCAGAUAGAGUUUUCGGAUGAUAACGAGGAAAAGCUGAGGCUUUUUGCAAAACCUCACUUCAUGGCUCCCGAUAUGCUGGAUGAUCGAGAGAUGUCCUUUGUAGGUGUUCCUGGAUUCUACUCUUCUGAGGCUUUUAGCGACGAAGACCGCAAGAAGAUUCAGAUAUCUAUGGGGCAUUAUAGAUGCUAUCCUGUGUUUAAAAGGAAGGGAGAAUACUCGAGAAUGAUUGAGAGAAUCUUGAAGAAGAACACCUAUGAGUUUGUGCAAAAACAUCUCGACCAUGCCGCAAUGUUUGAAGAAUAUAGGAUACGCAACAACGAAUAUUAUGAGAAAAUAAUGGAGAUCUAUGAAGAGGGCGAUGUUGUGUGGGUGAUGGACCAUUCCUUGCUCCUCCUUCCUGGAAUGCUUGGCGGCAUUCCUGUUGGGAUGUCUUUCUGCGCACCUUUUUCUCUGCUGUUCAAGUGCAUUCCGUUCUGGGAGGAGCUUUUCUUGUCGAUUCUUUGCUGCAAAUACAUCGAGUUUAGCGAAAGUUCAUCUGCAGAAUCCUUCAACAUGCUAGUUUCUCAGAAGAAAGGCUUUGUGGCAGGGAACCCGGAGUACAAGAGUGUAAGAGUGCCACAGACUUGUGUAGGAAAGAGGGGGAUUGACAAGGAGGCCAUUCUCAAGGCGUCGUCUGAGGCGAAGAAGCUUGAGAGGUUUGGGAAUGGGAAGAUUAUUCUUGUUCCGUUUGACUCCCAAACACAUCUUCUUGGUGUUGAAGCUUAUUUGUCCAGGUAUGAAAAGGAGAUUACGAUUCUGUUUCUGAUCACUGGGGCUUUGAACAGAGACUUUGAUGAGCAGACCGAGGUUAUGAGGCUCCGGAAGUAUCUUGAGAUGAACUACAACAUCCUAUCAAGAGUAUUUGUACCUACAAGUGACUCUGAGUUUGUCUCUGUGUUGAAGUCCUGCGACCUAUGCUAUUGCUCAGAAAUGGCUGACAUCUGUUCACUUUUUGGCAUUCCAGUCAUCCAAAGCAAUCCAUACGACUUCUUUGAGGUGGCAGACGAGAUAAAUGAGAAGCUUGAGCGGGGAGGAGCGAGCGAGAAAGAUUCCAGGAAAGUGAUUGGAAAGAUGGAGUGGAAGAAGCGCUUCAUGACGAAUUUCUUACACGCUAGUGGGAUUGAGUGUGAUAUUGAUGCUGAGCCUAAGGAGCCAAGGGUGAGGGCGUCAUUAUCAAUGAGGCAGAAAGAAGAUGUGAAGACGAAUUCAAAUAAGAGGCUAAGCACUAGGAAGAAAGAAGAUGAGAAGAAAGAGGCGAUUGAGAUUGAUUUGGAUAACAAAGAGGAUGUAAAUGCUGCAAAAAUAGUCGAUGAUUUCAAGAAGAGUAAGGUAAGGACGCUUGUUAUGGAUUAUGACGGAACACUGACGGACAUUGUUGCACAUCCCCCAAUGGCUGCACCAACCCAGGAGAUAAAAGAUUUACUUGUGAGGCUGAACAAGAUCUGUAGGGUUAUAAUAUCUACAGGAAGAAGUGUCGAAGAUUCAGAUAGGUUUUUUCCAAAAGAAAUCGAGGUUUUUGCCGAGCACGGAGCAUGCUACAGGGUCGAUGGAAAGUGGAAAGAAGGAGUUUCAUUUCCACAGAAGGAUCUUGCAUGGCGGGUUGCAGAAUUCUUCCACCUGAGGACGCCUGGUUCUGAUCUGGAAAGAAAGAAAACAGGCUAUGCCUUCCACUUCAGGAAUGUGUCUCCCCUCAUUGGAGUGAAGCAAGCAAAGGCUCUUUUUGAACUUCUGGUGAGGAUUUGCAAAGACAAUGUGAAGGAAGGAAACCACAUAGUCGAAGUUAGGAGCAGCAAAAAGUCUCGUGUGAUGGGCGAAGUUGAGGAAGGGUUUAUUUUGUGUGCAGGAGACGACGCUGCCGACGAGGAGGCCUUUGAUCUGUGUAGUGGAUACACCAUUAAAGUGGGUAAUCAGGAUACAUCUGCAGCAUAUAGAAUCAAGGAUCCAAAGGGCUUCAGGAUGCUCCUUGCUAAGUUCUUGGAAUAA